AUGAAAUCAAACAUUUUGUUUUUAGUAAUAGUGACGACAGCAAAUGGUGAUGACACUUCAAUUGACACACGUGAUGGUGAAGAUCUGAUGCUUCAGUGUCGCUUCAGUCCCGAUUAUUCAAACCGAGGAUUCAUCUAUUAUUGGGCUCGCAGUUCACCACGCUUUGAAAAUGUUGCCGUCGAUGAGAAAUCUUUAAGUUCCACUUACAAAGUUGAUUACCGACCCGACAAAGGAAUUUACGAUCUUCGCAUCACAAAUGCAUCAUACAGUCGCGACAACGGACGUUUUGAAUGUCGAAUCAAAGCACAGGGAACAGGCGAUGAUGUUCACCAACAGUAUUACAAUUUAACAGUUCUUACCCCACCCCAACCACCACUUGUAGCACCGGGCAGUAUUGUCGUCGCCACUGAAGAGAAGAAGCAAGAGUUGACAUGUAGCAGCGUGGGAGGUUCACCCGAUCCAACAAUCACAUGGUACCGUGAUGGAAGUCCGACACCCCUUCAAGCUAUCGUAAAUCGUGGGGGAUCAAAAGAUCACCAAACGACAAGUACAUUGACCAUUACACCGACGAAGGAUGAUGAUGGUGCACGCUUUCGAUGCGUUGUUUACAACAGAGCUAUGAAGGAAGGAGAGAAAUACGAAACAACAGUUACUCUAAGCGUUAAC